CCUAGAUCUCCCGAUCCUUGCUUUCUCUUCAAUCGCUCUUCCUUCGCUCAUCUUCCCUGCUUCUUAAAAGGUAAAGUGAAAACAAAGAGGAAGAAUAUAUAGGUUUCCGUCUAUCACUCAUAUCCGUCGAUCUUCCAAUCUGCUUUUGUCCCCCGUUGAUUUCACCAUUUAAUCGUUGCUGGCACCUGUUGCGAUGGGCAUCAAUUGGACUCCUGGUUUCAGCGUUCUACUGUUUUUGAAUUUGGAGAAUUGGAUGGGGGUGAAGUGAAUUGCUAGGACGUUUUAGGUGGCAUUUUUUUCUCGUGUUAUUUCCUCUGGAAGCUUGGGUUCUGCUGCCUUAUUCUGGUUUCAGUUUUUGUUGAUGGAGCCUCGCGUUGGGAACAAGUUCCGGCUAGGUCGUAAGAUCGGUAGCGGGUCGUUUGGAGAGAUCUAUCUUGGUACCAAUAUUCAGACAAAUGAAGAGGUCGCCAUUAAGCUUGAAAAUGUCAAAACAAAGCAUCCCCAGUUGCUAUAUGAAUCGAAGCUGUACAGAAUCCUCCAAGGAGGAACUGGAAUUCCAAAUGUGAGAUGGUUUGGUGUUGAAGGAGAUUAUAAUGUUCUUGUGAUGGAUUUACUUGGACCUAGUCUUGAGGACCUAUUCAACUUUUGUACUAGGAAACUAUCCUUGAAAUCUGUUCUUAUGCUUGCAGAUCAGAUGAUAAAUCGAGUUGAAUUUGUUCAUGCAAAGUCAUUUCUACAUCGAGAUAUCAAGCCAGACAAUUUCCUGAUGGGUUUGGGGAGGCGCGCAAAUCAGGUAUACGUCAUUGACUUUGGUCUGGCUAAAAAGUAUAGAGAUACCUCAACCCACCAGCACAUUCCUUACAGAGAAAACAAGAACCUGACAGGAACGGCAAGAUAUGCGAGCAUGAACACUCACCUUGGCAUUGAGCAAAGCCGGAGGGAUGAUUUAGAAUCUCUUGGAUAUGUUCUCAUGUACUUUUUAAGAGGAAGUCUUCCUUGGCAAGGGCUUAAAGCAGGAACCAAGAAGCAGAAAUAUGAAAAGAUCAGUGAAAGGAAGGUGUCUACAUCCAUUGAGGCAUUAUGUCGCGGUUAUCCUACGGAAUUUGCAUCAUACUUUCAUUACUGCCGCUCAUUACGCUUUGAUGAUAAGCCAGAUUAUGCUUAUCUGAAAAGAAUAUUCCGUGACCUCUUUAUUCGUGAAGGCUUUCAGUUUGAUUAUGUAUUUGACUGGACCAUUUUGAAGUAUCAGCAAUCACAGAUUGCCACUCCCCCCGCCCGUGCCAUUGGUCCUCCUGCUGGAACAAGCUCUGCGAUACCCCCAGCUGCUGCUGCUGCUGCCAAUGCUGACAGACAAUCAGGUGGGGAAGAAGGAAGACCAUCUGGUUGGUCAAUGGAUCCCUCUCGUAGGAGACUAUCAGGUCCUGUUAUAAAUUCAGGAAGCUUAUCUAAGCAGAAAAGUCCAGUUGCAAAUGAUUCUGCUGUGACUAAAGAUGCUAUGUUAUCUAGUGGUACUUUUAUGGGGCGGUCAGGUGGAUCAUCAAGGCGAGCUGCUGUUUCUGGCAGUCGAGAUGCUGUGAUGGUGGGAAGUGAGUCUGAUCCUUCUCGCCCUCGAACAAUAGAGGCAAGCUCAGGAACUUUCCGCAAGGUAGCAAAUGGGCAAAGAAGUUCACCAGUUGCAUUGGCGGAGCACAAACGCACAUCUUCCAGCAGAAACCCCUCUAACAUAAAGAAUUAUGAAUCAACUCUGAAGGGAAUUGAGGGCCUGCAUUUUGACAAUGAUGAGAAGUUGCAGUAUUAGACCUAAGCUGCACUGUGACUCUCUCUCCUGUAAAUUAGAAGCUGCUGUAAUACUGUAAUACUUAUGGAGUGGAAUUAUUCUCUUUUGACUUUAUUUGAGGGAAGCUGUGAUUUGAAACCUAAGAUACUGGCUGGUAGGGAUUGGCAAUAUGGGACUCUCAAUGACCGUAAAAUAAAGAGUCAGAGAGGAAUUAGAGCCCAACUGAAUCCUGCCAUGGUAAGGCUGUGUUAAAUACAGGUUGAGUUGUCAGCAUAGCUUCACCUAUAUUAAUUACCUUUUUCUUUUCAUCUGUAAUUCUUAUGCCCCGAAGCUUUUUAGAAUCCUAAGCUCUGUUCCAACACAUAAUGGUAUUGUAAGCUAGCCAUUUGUAUUGAUUUUUUUUU